AUGUCUGCACAUCAACGGCAUCUGGCAUUCCCCCCAGGGACCUAUCCUCCAGCCCCUAUCUGCUGUGAGGUGACGUAUGGAGGUGAUAAGGUCAUGGGCAGCGUGGCUAUAGGUCUCGGUAUCUACGCCCUCAAGGACAAGAACAACAUGGCCGCCCUGACGAAGAUUGACUCCUCGGGCAAGAUCGGAGAGUUCAACGGCGUAGGACUUCUGCAGCAAGGCGCCAUCGCUAUCAUCUACAUCAUCAUUGUUCUGCUCAUCGUCAUCGCUGAAGUUGUUGCUGCAGCCCUGGCCAUCGCUUUCAAAGACAGGAUACAAGAGAAGUUCAAAGAGGGACUGGUGCUGGCCAUUAAAGAACAUUAUGAUGGUAACUUGACCUCUGACAACCCCUUUUCACGUGCCUUUGACUACGCACAGGUUCAGUUCGACUGCUGCGGUGCCAACAACUACACCGACUUUCUGGGGUCAAAGUGGAGCGAGUCUAGAGGCAACGACAAUGUCCCGAGGGCUUGCUGUAAACUGCAAAAUAAGAAACUGUAUUUUGAUCACAACAACGCGACUCUGGCGGACCCCAGUUGUCCUUCGAAAGUUCCUGACACCAACAACCCCAACACCGGCACGCCAUGCUAUCAGGCCAUCAGAGACUGGGUGACCAAACACGCACACAACAUCAUCUGCGCUGGUUUUAUCAUCUUAAUCAUAGAGAUAUUUGCUGUAGUAUUCGGCUGCUGCUUGUACCGCGCCAUAUAG